AAAAGCACCGGUAGACCGCUCAAAUGUCGAGACCUCUUAAAAAAGCCCUGAAAUUGCACGAUCCACACGUGCCCCAUCCUCACUGGUGCUCUUGACAAACAAAGGUUGGCGUAAUUGCGGUAACAAAACCCGCAACGAUUUCGCGGUGUCGGUGAUCUCUCAGAUCGGAUCCCAAUGGCGGCAUCGCGGCGGCUCCGUGACCUUCAAUCGCAACCGGGAAACAGGAUCUGUGUUGAUUGUUCACAGAAGAACCCGCAAUGGGCGUCUGUUUCCUACGGCGUUUUCAUGUGCCUAGAGUGCUCGGGAAAGCAUCGUGGUCUCGGUGUUCACAUAUCGUUUGUCCGAUCCGUUACCAUGGACUCGUGGUCUGAGAUCCAGAUCAAGAAAAUGGAAGCUGGAGGUAAUGAAAAGCUUAACGCGUUUUUAUUGCAGUAUGGAAUCCCUAAAGAGAUGGACAUCGUCGCUAAAUAUAAUACUAAUGCCGCUAGCAUUUAUCGGGAUCGAAUUCAGGCUCUCGCCGAGGGUAGACCUUGGCGGGAUCCACCGGUGGCUAGGGAAACCGUCGGUAGCAAGAAAAAGCCACCGCUGGCUCAAUCUGGUGGUAGCAGAGAUAAUAAUUAUGCUAGUAAUGGAGGAUGGGAUAGUUGGGAUAAUGAUGAUUCGUUUAGAUCUUCGAAUGAAUUGAGAAGGAACCAAUCGGUUGGCGAUUUUAGGGGUAGCUCUGCUGCUGGUGGUGGAAUGGGGGGAGUGCCCGUCAGGUCGAAAUCGACUGAGGAUAUGUAUAAAAGAGCAGAAUUAGAGAAUUCUGCUGCUAAUAAGGACAGCUUUUUUGCCAGAAAAAUGGCAGAGAAUGAAGGGCGUCCUGAAGGCUUACCACCAUCACAAGGCGGGAAAUAUGUGGGAUUUGGAUCAAGUCCUGCUCCUUCAAAUAGGAAUAAUAAUUCCCAACCAGAUGUUAUCUCUGUUGUGUCUCAGGGUUUUGGUAGGUUAUCUCUUGUUGCUGCAUCUGCGGCUCAAUCAGCUGCGAAUGUUGUCCAAGCUGGCACAAAAGAGCUGACUUCCAAGGUGAAGGAAGGUGGUUAUGAUUACAAGGUGAAUGAAACUGUUAACGUUGUUACUGCAAAAACAACAGAGAUUGGACAUAGGACGUGGGGGAUUGUGAAGGGGGUCAUGGCUAUGGCUACACAAAAGGUUGAGGAGUACACUAAAGAAAACAACUGGAAGUCUGAUAACUGGCAACGAAAUGAAAGUGAUAGUAAUGGAUAUUAUCAGGAGUUCAAUAAACAAGAAAAUAAAGGAUGGAAUUCAUCAUCUACUGGAGGACAAUCCUCAUCAAGUGGGAAUUAUAAUUCUUAUAGCUCAAGUUCUUGGGACGAUUGGGAUCAGAAAGACACUAGAAAGGAAGAGAACAACACUAGAAAGGAAGACAACACAAAGGGCUCUGGGUCACAUAAUAAUGAUGGUUGGGCAGGUUGGGAUGAUGCCAAGGAUGAUGGAUAUGAUAACUUCUACCAGAGCGCACCUGAUAAGAAAACCGUUGGUCACAAUGAGAAAUCAGAUGCCACAUGGACCGGAGGAGGCUUUCUUUAAGGUAGACCUGCAGUUCAUUCUAUGCAAAAACCCUCCAAUGCCCAUGAUGAGCGGUGGCAAAACCGAUCUGAUAGCUGGUUGUCGUGAUGUUCAGUUGGUGGAUUUGAAGUUACUCUGAGUGCAGCUGAUAAGAAAGUGUUGGCUGCAGAUCAGAUAUGUGGUGGAUGAGGAUAUUUUUUUUUUUCUGAAGAUGGGUAUAUUUUCUGCAACUCUUUUUUAUGUCUUCCUUUAUUUCUUUUAAUCUGGUAAAAUUUAUGUACCUGUUUGUGAAGUUGUGGUAUGUUGGAAGUAGUCAUAUAUGUACAACUUUGAACAUUCAAAGAGGACCAACUGUUUGAGAAUUCAUUAUUAUGACUUCGAAAGUCAAAUUUGCUUUUCUAUUUGUAAUGACAUUUAUGUUUUUCUUUUGUUUAUAAGUUGGAACGACUGAACCAUCCGGUAUUUUGGCAUUAA